GUGAGAUGCAAAAAAUGAUUUGAGAGAAGAGGCAAAAAAAAAAAAGUACUGGUGGUUUAAGGAUUCACGCAGCGGAGGAGGAAAGGCCCCUGGAGGAAGUGCCUUGCGGGGAAUGUGAACUACUCAUAGAGCAUCGUUUAUUCUUGUGCUGAUGCGCACUCUGACCAUGAUGAGAGCUAUCAGAAGGACAUCACACUGGCCAUAGUUAAGCCAGAUGCAUUCCUGGCAGCUCAUGUGGAUGAUAUCAGGCAAGAGAUUCUACAUGCCGGAUUGCAAAUCAAAGCAGAGGGAGAGUUCGUACUGGACAAGGCAUCAGCAGAACUGUUUUACAGAGAGCAUAAGAAUAGGAAUUUCUUCCCACACUUGGUGUCGUUCAUGUCCAGUGGCCCAGUCUAUGUGAUGCUGCUAUCUGGCAGGGAUGCAAUAAAAAAAUGGAGGCUGAUGAUUGGUCCUACUGAUCCGGAGAAAGCGCGAAAGGACAGCCCUCUGAGCAUCCGUGCACGGUUUGGGACUGAUAAUACAAGAAAUGCUGUUCAUGGAUCGGAUUCACAUGAGAGCGUGCUGCGAGAAAUGGGCUUCUUCUUUGGAAAUUAUACUGAAGAAUCAAGAACACCAGCCGAUGCCUGCCAGCCGGUCACUGUUCAGGACCAUCCUGACGAGCUCUGAGUACCGCACUUGUGCUGUGACUGGGCCUACUUUUUUGCGAACAUCAGCAGGAGCAGAUAUUGGGAUUUUUUGUAUAUUUUAUGCUGGCACUGUUGCAGAGAGGAGGCUGACAACGUGAGAGUAGAAGCUUUAGGGUCAUUGUUGGGAGGGGGGGGAUGUGUAUGUGAUUACUGUGGAAGGUGUUGCCUCGGAAGGCAUCGCUGAAAGUGGAUGGGUUCCGGUCAGUGCCUCGCGGCCUGGAUGCACCAUUCACAUAUCUGGUAUACGAAGACAUGCUCCGCCCCAGUGUAGAGCUCCAAGAAUUCGUCUUUUCUAUUUGUCAUUCUGUCGCAUUGGCCAAGGUUCUGCUCUGGAGAAAGAAGUUAUGAAAGAAGUUCUCAUGCAGUGCGCUGAUGUUGAGUAGUAUGUUCAUCCUUAGCUGAGCGAAUAGCCCACCAUUUUUGGAGAUUAGGCCCCUCAACCAUUUGCACAUGGUUCCUCUUUCAAGAGAGCUGCUUGCUGCCUAAUGUCCGCUGCUGUCCGGAGACCAUUGUUCUUAUCCACACACCUCUGUGGACGGCGAAUCGGUGAAGCUGACAGAGUUCCUGCUGCCUUUGGGUGCGGUUUCUGCAUCGGAAAAAUAGGAAUGCUGAAAAGGUGAGUGAAGAAAGGGGCAGGCUAUCUCUGGUCCGUUUGGUGAAGUGCGUUGUUGGUGAGAAAGUGGGUGGUUGGUGCCCUGCAGUGUAUUGUCAGGCAAGAAGAUAAGAUGGAGACGGCAACGAUUACAUCGGCUCGGAGCAUUGAGCAGCUUCCUGAGUUCUUGCUGACGAAGAUCUUGAGUAAGCUGAAUGUGCGAGAUCUCGUCCGAUGUGCUCUGGUGUCCAAGAGAUUUUCAGAGCUGGUCUGGGAGGUGCAGGAGCUGUCUUUCAAUAUCCGGACGUUGGGAGUGCAGAUGGGCGAUGGCGGGAGAGCCUUUUCCAGUGUCGUGAUUGAUGUCGUCAGGAAGAUGCAUGAUUUGCGCAGUCUGCAUUUGAGUGGGAUGGACUUCACGACUGCCUUUCUCCAGCAAUGCCUGGAGCACGUGGGCCCGUCACUCCAAGAACUCAAACUGUACGGCAUGGAUAUCAUAGGCUGCUCACAGGAAACAACUGCGUGCUUGCUGAACUGUAUCUUCACACACUGCACUUCUCUGAAGAAUCUCGAUGCGCAUUACAAGGCAUUCAAUCCUGUGGAUGUACACACGGCGGUGAUGGCAGCUGGUAGUGGUGAUGGUCGCACGAUAAGUUCUACGCUUCAAAGGUUGUCAAUACAGCUGCGCGUCGAUAAUUCCUCGAAUGUGGAAGACGUAAUCGACUUCGUUUCAUUCUGCCCUGGUCUUCAGGAACUGCACUUGGCGCUACGGUGUGAAAACUGUGACGCCCCCAUCGCAAUCGAGAUCGAAAAGCUUCCGAUGUUGGAGGUCCUUUCUGUGAACUUUGGUAAAUUUGAUGCGGCGCAUCCGAAAACAAUCAGUCUCAAUGCUCCCUCGUUGAUCGAUCUUACUGUGCGAGGGGCUCAGAGAAUCAUCAUCAAAGGGGAAUCCUGCCUUCGAAAACUCGAGAUGGCGGGUGGCCCGCACCUCUGUUUCCCUCCCGGUGUGUUGGUGGAUUGCCUGUGCCUGAUUGGUUACGACGAAUAUAUCAAUUUUGGGUGGGAUGGGGAGACUUUGCGAAGCAUAUUGAGAAGCAAUCUCUUUCAGCCCCUGACGACGCUAGUCAUCCGGGACUUCUACGCAAGUAGCGGUCAAGGUUCGGGUUAUCGGCCAUCGGGAUCGACAACAGAUUCGGUGAAUGAGCUCUCCGUCGCUUUUCAGAGUUUGAGCACUGGGACGACUGUAAGCUGCAGCAGUUCAGCCAGUGCUUUCACUGCAGCCCUGCCAGGCGCAGGCAAUGGACCAAAACCAGGUGCGCGGAGUGAUCUGUUUGCAAAUGGGUUGUCUUUUCAGAACCUGAAGUGGUUGGAGCUUGGAGGGGUGUCUGUGGAAUCCUUUCUCUCUCUCAAUCUAGGACAAGGACCAGAUGGUUGCCUGAUCACCUGGCCAACGGUUCUUCCUCGUAUUCGAGGAGUCCAGAUCGAUGGGGAGUUCUCUUGCCUCCGUGCAUUGCUAUGCCGCCUCGUCAUGUUCCUUUCAGAGAUUUUGAAGUCCUGUGAUAGUUUGAAAUCUGUUCUUGUUAGCAUAUAUGAUGAGCAUGGAGAAGCUUCCAUAGCUUGCCAGAAUGAUGCAGAUUUUGAUCUCUGUCUACGUUUUCAGGAUCUCCGAGCUCUGGAGGAGAGAUUCAGAGGUGUGCUCCGAUUGAACUUACACGCAUUUGAUUUCCUUUAGUCAAUUUUUCCCACCUGCCUACCCUUCUGUCUGCUAUGGGGGGGGGGGGGAGGACACGCUUCCUCCAUUUCUCUCUCACACACACAAAAUGAAGGAGCAUCAGGGUGGUGGCAUUUAUGCAGCAGCUCUCCGCUUGGCAUUGCCUCAGGAAGGGCAGCGUUACACGUGAAAGAUUUUUUAUGUGGGAUGGGGUUACGAUGCAGUGUUACACGUGAAAUAUUUUUUAUGUGGGAUGGGGUUACGAUGCCACACACAAAAGUUUUCCAGGCACCAUAUAACCUAGGUGGAAAUGUUUUUGAUUUUAGAACAUUACAAUUACAAUAUCCCAUCCAUUCCUUCUGUCUUAUCUGUUUUUCUUUUUGAAGAAACAUGUUUGUGCAGGGGAAUCGCUCCAAUUUAUUGGCGAGAAACCUCCCGUCAACAAAACUAUGAUUAUAAU